AGGAGGAGGACGGAGCCCGUGGUGGAGAGCACGGCCGCGGCCGGGGACCACGGAACCUUGAGGAGGAGUCAGUCCGACAGGACAGAGUACGGCCAGAAGUUACAAGAAAAAAUGGCCCCACAGGUGGGGUCCUCACCCCCUGCCACUUUGCUGCAGAAGGACGAAGAACAAGUUAGCAGAUGCAUGAUGGCCAAGAGGGUGAAAAUCAUUGCAGAACUCAUGCAGACAGAGAAAGACUAUAUCAGCAACCUGGAUCUCUGCAUCAAGGAAGUGAUUCAGCCCCUGAGAAACAAGCAGAUUGCUCGCUUUGACGUGGAUGGCUUGUUUAGCAACAUUGAAUUGGUCCAUCAAGUAUCAGCCAAACUGCUGUCGCUGUUGGAAGAAGCCACGACAGAUGUGGAGCCACCCAUGCAAAUGAUCGGGGAAGUGUUCUUGCAGAUUAAAGGCCCACUGGAAGACACAUAUAAAAUCUACUGCUAUCGCCACGAUGAUGCACAUGCCAUGCUGGAAUCCUAUGAAAAGGAUGAAGAACUGAAGCAGCAUUUAAGACAUUGUGUACAGUCCUUAAAAAAGAUAUAUGAGGAAGAAGGAAAGCCAAAUCUAAUGGACAUGGGAUCCCUGAUGAUCAAACCAGUGCAACGGGUGAUGAAAUAUCCCUUGUUACUCUCUGAACUCUUGAAUUCAACUCCCGCUUCCCACCCCGACCACAAGGUGCUACAAGAUGCUCUUUUUGCAAUGAAAAACAUUAAUGUGAACAUCAAUGAACUUAAAAGGAGGAAAGAUUUAGUGCUGAAGUAUAAGAGGAAUGAUGAUGAUGAAACCCUUAAAGAAAAGUUUUCCCGACUGAAUAUCCACUCCAUCAGUAAGAAAUCCAAGAGGGUCACCAGCCAUCUGAAAAUACUGACGGGGGGAGAACCUCAGGUAAAAGAUCGAACUUUUAAUAAGGAAGAAAAGUUGUUUCGAAGUUUAGAGAAGACUGUGAAAUUGUGUGUGAAGAAUAUUUCACUUUCCUCACAACAUCUACAGGAUUCCAUACAUCUGGCUGCACAGAAUAUAACUGGGCUUCAGGAAAUCUUGCAAGACAAAGAUGAAGUCAACGACUGUUUGAAAAAACAGAACACUGCAAAUCUCUGCGAGGACCUUAUGGCUCAGCUGGACAAGCUUGUUUUGACUCCUCUCUUGGCACUACAAGCCUUGUUUUCAGGCCCACAGAAGCUCAUCCAGAAGCGCUAUGACAAGUUGUUGGACUACAACAGCUACCUUCAGAGGUCAACAGGAGAAGAGCUGGACCUGGCAAAGAAAGACUAUGAGGCUCUAAAUGCACAGUUAGUGGAAGAACUUCAGGUAUUCAACAGAGCAGCCAAAAAGAUUGUGUUGAACUGCCUGCACUGCUUCAUCACCCUCCUUAGGAAUAUUAUGUCUGCAGCACUUCAAUCAAAUUCUGUUGUGGUGGUGCCUGUUCCACUGUCUUCCUCAAGCAUCUGUGAAGUGCAGAAUCAGUUGAUGGAGGAGGUUCACAAGCUGAAUUUUGUAAAAGAAAACAGCAGUGCAACCUUUAUUGAGAGAAAAUUGAGCCUGGAAAAAAAGAAAUCUGUCCCCUCUCCGCUCGAAUCCCCACGUCAAACAGAAGGUCACAGGUCCAAGCUGUUGUCUACGUACAGCACAGACUUGCUAUACCAAGCUAAGCGCAAGUGCAAUGCCACACAGGAAUUUGAUAUUGAUUUACAUGAAGGAGAACUGGUGGCUGUUGUGGAGCAAAAGGACCCCUUUGGAAGUACAAGCAGGUGGCUUGUUGACACAGGGA